GGCAGCGGCAUCAUGGCCUCCUGGAAUCGCCACCGGAGAAGGAUGGGAGACGGGAAAAUGUUGGCGCUGGUGCUGCUGGUGUGGAUGCUGUCGUCGGUGGAAGCUGUGAAAGUGUCGCCUCUCGUAGAGAAAGUCGUUGACCACAAAGACUUCAAGAAGCUGCUCAGGACGAGGACCAACGUUCUGGUGCUCUACACAAAGACGGAGUCAUCGGGGGACUCCCACCUGAAACUGCUGUCUGAUGUUGCCCAAACUGUCAAGGGCCAGGGGACUAUUGCCUGGGUCAACUGUGGAGACUCAGAGGGUCGUAAACUCUGCAAGAAGGUGAAGGUGGACCCGAGCUCCAAACGUGGAGGAGCAGAGCUGCUGCAUUACAAAGACGGGACGUUCCACACGGAGUACAGCAGACCUGCUACCUUCAAGUCUAUGGUAGCAUUUUUGAAAGACCCAUCGGGGCCCCCGCUGUGGGAGGAGAACCCCGAGGCCAAAGAUGUCAUCCACAUCGAAACAGAAAAAGACUUCAGGAAGCUCCUGAAGAAAGAGGAAAAGCCGGUCCUCAUGAUGUUCUUCGCUCCCUGGUGUGGGGUUUGCAAGAGAAUGCAGCCAGUUUUUCAACAAGCCGCCACAGAAACCAAAGGAAAAUAUAUACUGGCGGGGAUGAACGUGCACCCAGCUGAGUUCGACGGCCUCAAGCAGGAGUUCAACGUCAAAGGCUACCCUACCUUCUGCUACUUCGAGAAAGGAAAGUUCCUUCACCACUACGAAAACUAUGGUGCCACCGCCAAGGAUAUAACCGACUGGCUGAAGAACCCUCAGCCCCCGCAGCCAAAGACUCCCGAGGUGCCGUGGUCUGAAACGGACUCCGCGGUCUUCCACCUGACCGACGAGUCUUUUGACGACUUUCUGGAGAAGCAUCCGGCCGCCCUGGUCAUGUUCUACGCCCCGUGGUGUGGCCACUGCAAGAAAAUGAAGCCAGAGUAUGAUGAAGCUGCUGAAAUACUCAACAAGGCUGCAGAUAGCCCAGGUGUGUUGGCAGCAGUUGACUCCACGGUGCACAAGGCUGUAGGAGACCGCUACAAGAUCUCCGGUUUUCCCACCGUGAAGUUCUUUGAGAACGGUGAAGAGAAAUACACGCUGCCUCACCUCCGAACCAAAGAGAAGCUCAUGGAGUUCAUGCACAAUCCUCAGGCACCUCCACCACCAGAACAGUCCUGGGAGGAGAAGCCCUCCAGUGUCAGCCAUCUUGGAUCUGAGGACUUCAGAGAGGCUCUAAAGAAGAAAAAACAUGCUUUGGUCAUGUUCUACGCUCCCUGGUGUCCACACUGUAAAAAUGCUGUCCCUCACAUCACGGCAGCAGCAGAGCUCUUUAAGGAGGAUCGUAAGAUUGUGUACGCUGCUGUGGACUGCACAAAAGGACAGAACCAUGAGCUCUGUAAGCAGGAGGGGGUCGAGGGCUACCCGACAUUCAACUACUACAACUAUGGCAAGUUUGUGGAAAAAUACAACGGAGACCGUGGGGAGGCAGGCUUCACUGGAUUCAUGCGCAACCUGAGAGGCCGUGACCAGGAGAAGGUCGUCAAGAGGAAGGAGGAGCUCUGAGGGAAUCGGAGGUGGUGGGGGGGGGGGGGGGGCACUGUGACCUUUGAACCUGGCUAAGGCCAGAUCAGCACUGAAGUGGGAGACUCGACGACCUCAGCAAAAGGCUAUUUUUUUGUAUACAGUGGAGAUCGUGUUGGUGGUGACGCCAGAGGAUCACUCGCCGCCUGAACAUCCACUUGAGACGUUCUUGUUUUUAUGGAUAUUCUGAU